AUGGCAACUAUGGACGCUAACCCCGAAAAGCUCAAAAUCAAAAUGUUCCAGGUCGCCAUGGACAAUUUCCAUCAGUACCCAUACAACCUCAACUUAGGACAUACGACAGAGAAGGUCAAGUUUUUCCGCGACUUUCGACAGCAUUUUGACCAGACCAAGAGCCACAUCCUGCUGGUGUUGAGGCCAAAUGUUAAGGGAUUCCGACGAAAGCUCAUAGAAAAACUCAUUCGUGUGGAGUUCCAUGACGCCGGCCUGCGCGAUGUCAACUCCGGCGCCUCCCCCUCGACCUCAACCACUGCUUCAGGGCAGCCACCCACAACGGGCUUUUCGAUUGCUCCUGGGAUCGAACCUGGCACCAGCGUUAUUAACUUCGCUAGCUACUAUCAUGAUUAUCCAACCAGCUGGAACAGCGUGGAUGAUGCCAAGGUGUUCACGGUGUCUAACUCUGGCCAUCUGGAAGACCUGCUCGGAAUUAGUUCAACGUCCACUCCAUGCGAUAGCAGACAGCCUGAUGGGAAAUCGACGUCUCUCAACCAACAGGGCGUUACACUACGAAGGGAUCCUGUCUGCCGCUUCAUCUUCCUGCCGACUUCGCCUGCCGCUCGUCGAAUCAAGAUCACCGAAGAAUUGCUUCUCAAAAUCCUGACAUACCAUCAAGUGUCGCCAUGCUUCCUCAACCUCAUUUCCUACUUUGGCCACGAACCCCUUUCUGGCGCUGGAGACCUCUUCUUUGGCGGCUUUCGGAGUCUCAAGUCCUUCUCAGAACCAGUCUUUGGUCUUGAAGCUCUUGGCCGCAGCGGCUACCACUACCAGCUCGCCUUUGAGUUCCGGACGGUUUUCCGCCCGUCAUCACAGCCCGCAGAGUACGGCGAUGACUGGCAACCGGGGGGGAGGAAGCCUCACAGACUCUCGGGCGAGCCUGAUGUUAACGAAUAUGAUCGCAACAAUCCGCUUCUCUGGCCCGUGAACCAGUGCGUCAUCUACCACCACUUUGAUGUCGAGAACGGGAGAAGCCUGUGGCUGAUGACAGCGGACGAUGACGGACCCAACAAUCAGCUGACCGCUUCGGAGGCCGGACUGGGACCUCGGUUCCGGGACAUCAAGGAUUCGCGAUUCACCAUCGACGUUGGCUCCAACAGCCCCAUCGAGGAGCGCUUCAGGGCCAGCUUGUCGGUGGUGCUCUGGCUGGCGGACUGGUUGUUGAGCGAGUACGGCCAGUAUAUUACAACCCUGGACGAUGACCUGCAGCAAAUGACUCAAAUCUACGUUGGAAAAGUGACGGGGAACGACGGGAGACCUGUGAGCGAGUAUGGGCUCAAGUACCUGAACGGCUACAUGGAAAAGGUAGACGAGGUCAUUGUGGCGCUGCAGGGCAACCUGCGCGUGUGCCGGGCCAUCAUCAAAUUCUACCGUGACGAGCUGCUCCAAGACCGCAAGCUCAGGGCUCGGAAGCUCGCGUGGACAACGGAUAAGGCAUCCCGUGCUAGGAUUCGCGAGCAUCUCGACGAAUUUCUUGACAGGAUGCGGUGGACGUGUACAUCGAUGCAGGAAAUGCACCGCCGGGCUCUUAUAAUCAAGCAGGUGGGCGCGAGGCGCGAGAAUACGCUCCACCGAUUAGUCCAGAACCGUGACCUUCAAACCACCAACAACCUCGCUAAAGCUACCAACGAGCUUACCGUCGUCACAAACAGGGACUCGAGCACCAUGCGGGUGUUCUCCGCCAUCACGCUGAUCCUGCUCCCCGCGUCGGUCGUGUCAACAGUUUUUUCGGCCGGCAUCGUAGACUUCCAAGAGCGAAGCGGCGAAUUCGUGGGGAACUGGUCCGGCCCCGCGGCCGUGUGGUGGGCCGGCAUCACCAUCGUGCUGACAGUUCUGGUCCGAUGGUUCGGCGAGCGGUGGCGCAAACGCGCCAUCGCUGCCGCCACGAACCCUGGGACGGCGACCAGCAACGAGUCCUGGAUGACACAGGUGCGUCGUACCAUCAACGACUGGCGCAGCCACGCGCACCCCUACAAGUUCCGGGUCCGGGUUAGGUACGACAGGGUCGUGGAUCUCCUGAAGACGCCUGUGAUCAAGCUUAGGGCUUUCCGCCUCCGCGCUUCGCUCGGAGGUGGUGACAACCAGCUAGCACAAGGGAUCAGUUGCCGGUGUCGCCGUCACCGCCCCUCUCAUCCCCUGGACCGGAUCGAGGUGGUGAAGCCGUGGCUGAAGAUAGAGCAUUUCGGCCAUCCGGCAAUGGCCCACCCCAACCGUUGA